UUCAUUUGUCCUUUUUUACAUCUACCUGCAAUGUGCCAUUUUAUUUUGUGCACAUUGGCAACCCUACAAAAGAAGAAGCACGAAAAAAUGUAAACAGGUUUAUUUCGACGAUCUUUGAAUAUCCUCCGUCACGUCACGCCUUCAUUUCUUCUCUAGCUGGUUGGAUAGUAGUAGCUGGUGGAUGCCAAAGAGCCUAAAUUACAGAUGAGAUGACGUCCCUCUCUCAAGGUUGAUAAUUGGAUGCCAGAAAAUGUUUUAAUUAGUUCAGAUGAAAUGAAGAAAACAAAACUGGUUAUAAAGAGAGCGCAACACCGGAGAGGGUAAAGAAACUGGCCACACCAACGAAAAGAAAAAAAAUAUGGAAGAUUCAUAACAAAACAUACUCUCACUCCGAUGGCAGGCAGGCAGGCAGCAGUCAGAAAGAGCGAGCGCACAACAUUCAGCGUAGAUCAUUGUGUGUACCAGCCAAGAAGAGAGCGCGACGAAACAUCUUUAUAAUGCUGCGAUGACAUCUCUCUAACACUCAAUUAUCUUCUGUAUACCUACACACAACAACAUAUUAGUGUUGUUUUUUUAUAGCCGAUAUAAUUAAGCCAUCACAAAAAGCGUUCAGAGCGUCUAUUGCCCGCCGUGUAUACAUACAUUCAUACAGACCGUCAGUAUUUUCUAUUGUUUUUGAUCAGCUGCAAUUAUUUACAUCCAAAGAAAUCAUGGCUACAUGCCUGUUCACACUCCAGCCAUUUAGUUUUGGAAUAAUUGUGCGCAAAAUUCUAAACCAAAAGAAACUCAAAAAAAAAAAGAAGUUCGGUCUUUGGUCAUCGUCCAACGGAGACUACAAGAUAAGUUCAUUAACGCCGACAGCACUCUAUCAAAUUACACGCCACAACACGGUCGGACAGACAGGAGCAGCAGCAGACGAAACGGAAGACAUGAUCAUCGGCAGCCGCAGCAGCCUACAGCAGAUGAAAGCGUAUGUAUGUGAUAAACGCCGUGGCGGUGACAACGAGAGCAAAGUGAGAUCGUAUCGAUUGUUUCUUUGAAAUUGAAGUUUCCACAUAGAUCGCCACCAUCAUCAUCAUCAACAUCAACACCCCUUCCAACAACUUCCAUAUCUCAAUUAAUGUGGAUUUCUUUUUAACGCUGGCGGCCAUCUGAACUGAACAAACCAAAAGAUUCCUAGUUACCAAAAUCAAAAGCAAAACGCGCUCUCUUUUUCCAAAAGAAAAAAGAAACAAACUUGAAGAAUGAAAAACUACUCUAUUUUAUGGCUGUUGUGUGGAUAGCAGACUGAAUAUUUGGAGCAUCAUCAUCGUUUAAGUGGUUAACUCAACUCAAGGAUUAGUUAGUAAGAAUACAAAAAAAAAAAGUAUACCUACCUAGCACCUCUGGAAACAUACAUAGAUAAUAGAGUUACCUAUAUAUUUGGAAAACACGUCUCAAACGGAAUAUUAUUGGAUAGCCGAGAAACAAAACUGUGAACGCCUUGUUGGGCCAUUCCAACUAUUUGGAUAUACUGUGAUCGUCCUCUUCCUCCUUCCUUAAAGGUAAAAGACAAAUUUGCAAGAUUGCUCCUAAAAUUCUAUUGGUAGCUAUUUUGCUAGUUUUUUGCUUGACUUGUGUGUGUUUAUUUAGGCUAAAGAAGACAUUGGCAAGAUUUCUUCAUCAUGGCAGAUCAAUAUCAAUGGCCGUACACCGAUUUGCAACAUUUAACAUCGAGAAGAGCGGCCGCUGUCGCUGCCUCACAAUUUCUUUCGCCAUUAUAUUCAGUUAUGAACUGUUGCAAUAAUGGUAACGAGCCAAGCUUUGGAGCCAUGCCACCGCCAUUACACAUUACAAGCACCAGCCGCAAUCGCGAACAUGGCGGACGCGAUUCACCGAACAGUAGUGCUGUUACAAGUACAACUGCUGCACCCAACGCCGAACCACCCAAAUCCUAUGGAUGCGACUCGUCGUCGCCGGAAAUGAAACAGCAAGCCAUUACAUCUGAUGCAAAAGUGCAAAACUCAGUACAGUGCCAUGAAAUGCCGGCCGCCUAUAGAAUUCCCGGCUACAUUGAACAUUUAUACUCAUUACAGUGUUUAAGUCCCAAUGCUUCCCUGCACGAUAAAUUUUCCCAAAAACAUUUUCACAUAGCCGGACUAAGUAUGAAUUCCAGUGAUUAUUUAAGAUCCUGCAACAUGGGUUCGGUUCGUGAACUACAUCCAGCGAUAGCCGUUAAUCUCUCAGCAGCCAACAAUGGCUAUAACUUUGGCCUCAAGAACAAGAGUAUUAACUCCCAUUCGUUUAUAGCUUCGCGCAAGCGUGCCUUAUCAUCAUCACCGUAUUCCGAGGCCUUCGAUAUAAAUUCAAUGAUUCGUUUCUCACCGAAUUCCCUGGCAGCAGCCAUGGGCGGCCCCUGUCCUGGCCCGAAUAUGCCCAAUGCAUGUUAUGGUCAUUUAUCGGCAAGUAAUUUUAGUCCCAUUCACUCAGCCAUGGCACCUCAUUUACAACAAUUGCAAGCUCACUUAUUGAGGGUUAGCGCCGGUUUGCUACAUCCUCUAUCAUCGGCCCACCAAGUAGCUCCACCCAAUAUGCUGCCCAUGGAUCAGAAGCAAAUGAUUAAUCCCAAAACAGAUAUUCCACCUGUCGCCACAACGCCCGUCAAGGAAGAGUUCAGUGAAAAGGAAACAAAUGGAAAAGUGCAUCACAUUGAGGAGCAGCCACCACGACACGCUGUGGAACCAAUUUCCUCAUCAUGCAGUGAUGUAACACUACAGGAGGCAGACAGCGCUUCGGCUGUGGAAAACAAAAAGACAAGAAAAUGUUAUACGAAAUUUUCCGGUCAAUGCCAUGAAAACAAAACGAGUAAACCUCCAAGCGAACCAUCGCCCAAUGUAACACCGCAUAGCGUGAGUGGCGGUGGUGGUGGUGGCGGUAGCAGUAGUGGCGGCGGUGGUGGUGGCUAUGAUUGUGCCGAUACAACAGAUCUUAAAGAUGAACCAUUGGAUUUCGAGGAAACCAAUUGCCAUUGGAAAGAUUGCGAAAUCGAAUUCGGUAACCUGGAAGACUUGGUGCGACACAUUAACAAUCACCACAUACAAAAUAACAAGAAAACAUUUGUAUGCCGUUGGGAAAACUGUUCCCGAGGUGAAAAACCAUUUAAGGCCCAAUAUAUGCUGGUGGUGCAUAUGCGUCGCCACACCGGUGAGAAGCCACACAAAUGUACGUUUGAGGGUUGCGGCAAGGCUUAUUCACGUUUGGAAAAUUUAAAAACUCACUUGAGAUCACACACUGGAGAAAAGCCGUACACCUGCGAAUAUCCCGGUUGCACUAAAGCAUUUAGCAAUGCCAGUGAUCGAGCUAAACAUCAAAACCGCACACAUAGCAAUGAGAAACCAUACAUCUGCAAUGCUCCGGGCUGUUUGAAACGCUACACCGAUCCCAGUUCGUUGAGGAAACAUGUUAAGAGUGUACAUGGUGCCGAGUUUUAUGCCAAUAAAAGACAUAAAGGUUUCAAUGAUGGUGGCGGUGGUGGAGGCGACGACAAAUCGAACGACAAGAAUGGCAAUAUUCGUGAAUAUUUCCAGGGCAACGGCAGCUCAUCGGCCAGUCAAAGCAUUAAGAAGGAAUACAGUUUGAGUGCUUCACCCAAAGCCCAUAUACGUGGUAUAUUCCAGAAUCCCAUGAUGCGCACAGCGGCUGUGGCCGAGAUAGAUGGUGACAAUGAUUGGUCCACUGGCAUGGGCGUAGGUGGUGGCUAUGAUUAUGGCAAUAGCAACAGUGAUUUUAUGACAAACGAUGAAAGCUACUGGGCAACGUAUGCCGACAAUGUAGACGUUUCGGAAUUGCCACCUGUCUUGAGGACAAUGGUUACCGGUGGUGGGCCCUCACCACUGGCCAUCGACAGUUCACCACAGCGUAUAAGACCGCGAUUACAGGCCAAGCCAAUGAUUUCACCAAACAUGGGCAUUGGCAUGAGGGAACUCAAUCAACGUAUUACCGAACUGAAAAUGGAAACAAAUAUCGACGAUACAACCACCAAUGUUGGUGGGCCAUGUGGGCCUGCGAAACAAUUCUCCGAACUGGAUGCCACAACCAUACGCAGGGAUAGUCAAAAUUCCAAUACCAGCAGUUAUUAUUGCAGCAUGAAUAGUCGACGCAGCAGUCAGUGUUCGCAUCAGUCUUCUAUGUCUACCCUGCGGCCACAUUCCUCAUUUAAUACGGGCGGAUCGCUUUACGAUCCCAUUUCGCCGGGUUGUUCAAGGCGUUCAAGUCAAAUGUAUAACAUGAAUGCCGGUCCCAUGAAUCCCAUACAGGAAAGUGUUGAUGUCCUCAAUGUGGGCAUCAACAGCAACAGUAAUUUCCGCAAUGACCUCAGUCAUCCGUUUGUAUUCAACCGGGAUAGAGGUGGCAAUAUACCACCUCCACCGUCGUCACACUUAAUUUCAAAGCAUUUGCAUCAGUUACAGUGUUCCUUGUUGUCCUCCACCUAUUUACGGCAAUUGCGUCAAAAUGGUCGUUACUCCAUACCGAAUAUUUUGCGUUUUUCUUCGGGUUUGCCGGAGAAGAAUCGCCUGUUGGAUCGACGUUUCUCGGAGUCGAAUCGUAAACCCUUGAAGCUGAUUAUGUCCUGUCCCUCGACAUUUACAUAUUCUCUAUUGGCAUCUCAGUUGGUCAAGGCCAUUGAACAGGUUAACAAAUCUCGUUCGGCGGAAGCAAAGGAAUUGAUGGAAGUGUCUUUGGAUCAUCAUCCCAAUGAGAAGAUUAACCUAAACGAAGUGGAUGAAAAUGAGUUUAUUGAAAACAAAUUACUAGUCCUACCAGACGAAAUGUUGCAAUAUCUAAAUCAGGUGGCCAAUCAUCAUCGCCAACAGCAGCAGCAGCAACAACAACAAUAUCAUCAGCAACAGCAACAGGAACGACGUAAUAACACUGAGACUGCUGAAGGUUACAAUUCCAAUGGCAAUCAGCAGAAUCGUUUUAUGCAGCAAAUGCAAAGUAGUGCAAUGAUGCCACCACCACCCAACCCCCCACCAUCGCAUGCAUCGGCGACGACAACAACCACAAACCAGCGCAGCAAUAAUUACGAUAUCUAUUCGUAUGACCACUAUAUGCGUUAUCCCCAAUACUACGAUUGUGCCAAUAACUACUAUCACCAGUAUCAUCAGAUGAAUAAUAUGAAUCAGGCCAAGCGGAAUAGCUGUUCUGGCCAGUUGCCAGCCCAAAGUAAUUGUGGUGCUGCUGCGACUGCUACCCCGGCGCCGUCUCAAGUACAUCCAUCAACUAAUGUUGAUCCAGUGGAUAGUUCCAUGACAAGUUUAGUCGAUUGGCGUUUGAGUACAACUGGUGUGGAAGCUGCAGCUAACAACCAAGCGGCUGCUGCUGCAACUGGAGUGCCACACGAAAUCCAAUGUAAUGAUAUUUCCCAAUCACAAAUGUCACCUGCAAUAGUUGGCAACAGCAAUCAUCCGGGGGGCACUACAAAUGCCGCCUACAAUCAAUACACCAGUAUUUCUUCAACUACCUUCAAUGAGAGCAAUACCACCCCUUCAUAUUCGAAUAAUAAUAACAAUGGUUCCAGUGGAUCCGUAAUGACUGAAUCUUAUCAACGUACCUUGGAAUAUGUUCAAAAUUGCCAGAGUUGGUUGAAAUCGACCGGCAACAGCAGCAGCAACAACACUAAAGAGGGUCCCAACGAGGCGGCACUAUAUUGUGAUGACUUCAAUAAUCCAUCGAACGCCGCCGGAGCAACCAUCGCCCCCGCCGUACCCAUGGUCACGAGCCAAACCAACAUUACAAGCUGUACUUAUCCCACCAAUAAUAUGGUCAUAAAUGACAUGAACUCAUCGCUUACUUCGCUUUUCGAGGAAGAUCUAUGCUUCAAAUUGAUUUGAAAACAAAAUUCGUAUUACCUUAAUUUAUAAACAAAAACAAACUGCAUAGUAUAAGGAGCAUCCAUCAUAAAAAACAUAAUUAUAUACAAGAAGAUCAAGAAGCCCAUAUACGCAUAUAUAUACAUACAUAUUCAUACACACAUUACAUAUUCAUACAUACAUAAUGAAUCUCUAUUUUUUUAUAUACGAUCUUACGUCUUCCGUACACCACAAAAAAUUAUUUCUUAUUUUAUUUACAAAAAACUAUUUUUUACGAUAUAUAUUUGUUUAAAAGAAAAUGCUUUAUAUUUACAACUACAUAUUUCAAUAGAGGUAUAUAUUUUUUGUAUACUUUUCGCAGAAAAAGUACGUUAAGAUAAGCCGCCUCAACAAAUUGUGUAAAUCUCUGUGUGCCUUUCAGAAAAGAAACAAAAAACUCAAAUGAAAUCAAAACAAAAUACAAAUUGUUUUGUCUCUUAAGAAUACUCAAAAACGAAAAACGAAAAAAAUGAGAAAUUUAACAAUAUUUAAAUUGUUUUCAUUUUCGCAAUAAUUCAUCAUAUAAAAUUAAAUCAUUUUUUUACAACAACACAUUUUUACUUAAAAUACAAUUUUUACCACCGUUUUUUAAAUAUAACUUAUAUAUUUUGAAGUUUACAAAAGAAAAUACAAAAUACAAUUGUAAGCAUUUUAAAA